UUCACUACGCUUUCGCAGACAUCCGAAGGGGGUUUCUCCAUCAAGACUCGCAAGACUUCCUCCAAGGCUAGCUCUGCCAGCACUAGUGAGGACACCAGCACCGAGACGGACCAGAGCACCUUCUCUACCGACUCGGUCUCAUCUGAGGGAACCACUGUCACCAAACUGACGUCCCAGAUUACCAUCACCCAAACUGAGUCUUCCUCUGGUGUUGAGUCGACUGAUACCCCUGAGGACACCAGCUCUAGCGUAGUUUCCUCUGGCAAGCCAUCCAGCACUGGAGCUACAGCCUCCGAGACAGACUCUUUGUCCACCCAGAGCACUGGCGCUGUUGAGAGUUCCUCUUCCAAGACUUCUAUCACUACUGGAUCCACUGGCAGCGUUGUCAAUCCCGAGUCCACCUCAAAGGUCCCCUCUGGCACCGGCGAGACCAAGUCC